UAAAAAUAAUGUAAAACUUUUACACAGGAAAUUGGAGGUCAUUAUAAUUUUAAUGAGACAUUGUGAACUGGACCUGAAUGCAGCAUUUGAUCCCGCUGGCCUGCCGUAGUGCGUCAUAUGUUGACUUCUGCUGCUAAAGCUACAGAAAGAUAGGCAACGUUUUUAGCUGGAAGUGAACCCUAGAAAAAGAAAACCCUCUCGAGUUUUACGGCUGGUUUGUUGUCGCUAACGUGGGCGUUUGACAUGUCUUAAAGGAGAGGUGUUUGUGUUGGCUUAAAGUUACGUAUUAGUUGCCGCAUUCGUUACGACAUGCUCAUGUAGCUAGCUGGUUAGCUAGCUGGUUAGCUAGCUUGGGGGAGUUGAGACAUUACUGUGGGCUUCAGCUAACAGCAAAGGAGUGAGCUGAAAGAGAGCUCCAGAUGCGGCUAAAGGAUCCCUUUUCUCUGAAAGCCGCAGACAUGACAAAGCGGACAAAUAAACCUCGGAAACCUCGAGAUGAGGAGUCAUCAGACGAAGUCAGUGGACUAACAUGCCAGCAUGUAAAUAAAGCUGUGGACCUGAGCUCGGUGAAAAAGUCUGUCCUGUCGAGCGUGUGGCUGGUCUGCUCCGAUUGUCUGAGGGAGAGGACGAUGAUCGACGAAGAGUCGACCACAUCCCACGACAUCCUGGUGUGCCUAAAAUGUGGUUUUCAAGGCUGUAACCAGUCAGGAAUCCAGCACGCCGUCAAGCAUCACCAGACCUUCCAUCCAGAGUCACACUGCAUCACAAUCAGCCUGAACACGUGGAAGGCCUGGUGCUUCGAAUGUAACGAGGAGCUCUCUACACACUGCAACAAAAAGGCUUUGGCUCAAACCCUCGACUUUUUACAGAAGCAUUCAGUCAAGGCAGUAUCAGCAGUAUCACCCAAGAUCAUCAAGCUACGAGAGGAAUCAUCGGAUUAUGCCGAAGCACAGAGAGGAAAGAGUCCAGGCAUCAACAGCGCCUUGGUCCCUGUUAAGGGAAUCAUAAACCUCGGUAACACCUGCUUCUUUAAUGCCGUUAUGCAGAACCUGUCCCAGACACACAUGCUCAUUGACCUCAUUCAGGAAGUGAAGGAGAAAGGCUACAAGCUGAAGAUCUGUCCGCCUGUCGAGACAAAUCUGAAUCCGCUGUCGGUGGUCUUGUGCAGUCCAGAUCCGCUGACGUCAGCCAUGAUUCACUUCCUGCAGAGCAUGAAGGAGCCAGGGAAAGGCCCUGUCAAUCCCAAAGUCCUCUUCAACCAGCUCUGCCAGAAAGCUCCACGCUUUAAAGGAUACCAACAACAAGACAGCCAGGAGCUUCUGCACUACUUACUGGACUCCAUUAGAGUACAGGAAACUAAAAGGGUGAAAGCAGCCAUUUUAAAGGCUUUCAACAAUCCAACAGAGAAGACGGCUGAUGAGGAGACCAAGCGCCAAGUCAAAGCAUAUGGCAAAGAAGGUGUGAAGAUGACCUUUGUUGACCGGAUCUUUGUAGGCGAGCUUACCAACACAAUAAUGUGUGAAGAGUGCGAGCAUAUCUCAACAGUAAAGGAAGCCUUCAUAGACAUCUCUCUACCCAUCAUAGAGGAGAGGAUAUCAAAACCCUCCAACCCUGGUCGUCUGGGGAAGAGCAGCCGGGAGCAGGACAGUGUUGCGGCUCACAAUGAGCAGCUUCUUUCUGCAGCGAACUCCGUCAACAAGAACUCCAGGAAGCUCAGCGGAGCGAAAAAACUCAACAGGAGGUCUUCCAGCUGUGUGGAGGAAAAGGGAGCAGCCUGUGGUGCCGAGCGAACAGAGGAGGAGGCGGCGGCGGCCGGCGGAUCAGCACGUGGAGUGUCUGUGUGCAAAAUGGCGGCUGCAGGCAGCCUGUCGGACGGCAGCGAGAGAGAAUCCAGCGCUCAGGACAGUAGUAACGACGCAGACAGCGAGGCCUCUGAGAGCGAGUGGGCCCCGCGGGUCUCCAGUCAUGGUCACACCUCCACUCCAUCGUCCACAUCCACUCUCACUCCUUCGCCUACCCCUGUUUCUUCUUCCUCUCCUGCGUCGUCAUUGGCUUCCGCGAAACACUGCGGCGCCGUGGAUCAGCUGGUCAGCGCCGUUUCCAAAGCCAACCUGGGAUUCUCUCCGACGGACGCUUCAACUCACUGCUCACCGGAGGAGCAGGGAGAAAAUCAAAGCCGUGAUCAUCAUCAUCUUCAUCACCAGGGAGCGUUCCAGGCUCUGUCCCACAGUUACACUCCUUCCUCUAAGGAGUGCUCCAUCCAGUCCUGCUUGCACCAGUUCACGUCAGUGGAACUGCUGAUGGGCAACAACAAGCUUCUCUGUGAGAACUGCACUGAGCGAAGGCAGAAGCAGCUACGCAAAAGUGGCUCCACAGAUAAGAAAGUAGAGAAGAUUUACACCAGUGCCAGGAAACAGAUGCUGAUAUCCUUGCUGCCUCCUGUGAUCACGUUGCAUCUGAAACGUUUCCACCAGGCAGGGAUGAACCUGCGGAAGGUGAACCGCCAUGUCGACUUCCCUCUCCUCCUGGAUCUGGCCCCCUUCUGCUCUGCAUCCUGCAUGAACCUGGCUGCCGGCGGGCGCGUCAUGUACAGCCUCUAUGGGAUCGUCGAACACAGCGGCUCAAUGCGGGGCGGCCAUUACACUGCAUAUGUGAAAGUCCGUGCCCCUCAGAGGAGAACAGAACAGCGGCACAAGAACCUGUCAGGUGCAAAAGAUGCCUGCAGCAGCUCCCAGAGCCAGUGGGUGUAUGUCAGUGACACCACAGUUCAGACUGUACCAGAGUCCCGAGUACUCAGCUCUCAGGCCUACCUGCUCUUCUAUGAGGAAAUGCUGUAAUAAAAUCAGUCCAUGCGACUCCUCUCUAUAUCUGUACCUCUUUGUAUUAAUUGUUUGCUAAAAAUCCUGUCAGCCCCUCAAGCUGUUUGAUGGCAAGAAAAAAAAAGUGGGGGGUGGACUCUGCUUGCUGGGAUGGUUAACAUAAAAAGGCAUUUUCUGAUACAAUAGAUAUGCAAGAGAAAAUAAUUUAAAAUGCUAACAUUAUGUGGAUUUCAGCCAGAUUUUAAUUUCAGAUACUGCAUUCAAGCUGAAAGAGAUUAGGAGAGAAAUGUGCAGUAAACCUAAGCUGUUUAAUAUUUAUUAUUGGCCUCAGUUUGAGUUCCUGGCUUAGGGUAUAAAAUGCAUGAUGGAGUUGGCCACUGCGACUUUAGUUGCAGAUUGAAAGCAUGCUUAACUGCAAUAUGCCUCGACUUGUUGAUGUCAAUAAAAUGCGUGUGUGAGCGCACACCUGUCAGAGAACGGAGGAGUGAAAGACGGAUGAAUGUAGCUGAAAGGUGCUAUGUAUAUCAGGGAAGCUAUAGUAACUGAUUCAAUCUAACAGGUCGGUACUGUUUCCACCUCUAAGCUAACAGUCUGACCCACCCAGUGAUGCAUCCAGACUGUGCUUCUAAAGUGUAGGGUUGUCUAUAUUAAAAAACAUAAGACCACUGUUGGUGUUUUCAUAUAUUAUAAAAGGGGGAUCUUUGUUGACACAGAAGGUCAGAGUUACUAUUUUUUAGGAGGGUUGGUCAGUAAUACUAAGGCAAAAAGAGAGUAAUAUUUAAUCAAAGUAUUAUUUUACCUCAUAUUUAUCUUUUUUAUGUUGCUUGAAAUAGUUCUUUUGAGGUGAGCGUUUGUCCCCACAUGUUUCACAUUGGAUUAGAAUUAGUCCAGUUAAAAAUGCAAAGAAACAAACUGAAGAAGAAAAGAUUUAGAAUUGGCUUUUUAGAGAUGAACCAAUCAGGGAGUCUGUGGCUGAUUUCUAAUCAACAAUUUUAGAAAAUUCUGAGCUGCUAAUUUUAACCAAUUCAUAUGAUGGGUAGAAAACCAAACCAAAGUACCUAUCUGCAUUAAGAUUGCUGCAGGGUAGAAAUCAGAGCUCCCUGUAAAACGGAUUAUAUAUCAUUUGUAUCUAUUUGCAUAGAGGUGGAUCAUAUCACAAGAGGUUCCUCCAGUUAUGUCUGGCUUUUAAUAUUUAAAAAGAAAGCUUUGAGUUAUGAUGGACUGCUAAAAUAUUUACCUG